AUGGAUGACGACCUUAUAGUCGUGGACGAUAUUGACGAACAACAAGCGGGCCCGUCUACCGUCAAUGGCGCUAAGCCGAUCCCUCCCACUCAACCGCAGAGAACACGGCCCCUUCGUGCCGCCGCAGAACAUGCAAUGGCUACAACCCUUCGUCUAAGGGGCACCCCCGAGCCUUCCGAGCGAACGACGCGCUCAUCAUUAGCAAAGAACCGGCCCCAACCAAAGCUAAAACUCAAGCUCAGCGAUAAAGCAGCUGCGCAGGCUCCCGGAAUGUCAUUCCUGGGUUCAUAUGAUCGGGAGUUGGACUCAGAUGAUGAGGACCUUGCUUUUGAAGAACAAUUCAUCAUCCGCAUGCCGCCUGGGGAUGAUUGUGAAAGGUUGCGCAAGAUAGUUUCCUCCAGAGAAGUCGGGAAUGAUAUAUGGUUUAAAUUCAAAGGCGAGUGGCCUCCUCUCACAGUGGUCGGGUUGCUCGAACUUUACCUAGACUCCCGCCGAGGGGUCUUCCAUAUUGGAAAUACCUUGUAUUCCUUCAAGCUUGUCGAUCUUCCAUGUAUCAUUGAAGCGCAGAAGACCUUGGACAACAAGCAAAUGUUCAAAGUAGCAGACAUAUGUCAGAUGCUUGUGGUUGAAAACCGCAUUCCAAAUGAGGAGUCGUUUACAACAACUCGUAAUGUGAAUGUCGAUGAGUUCAUUUGGCCGCACGGUAUCACGCCGCCGUUGCACCAAGUUCGCAAACGAAGAUUUCGAAAGAGGGUUAACAAGAGGACCAUUGAAAGUGUCGAGGAGGCGGUCGAGCGGUUGUUGGCCACGGAUGAACUUGCUUCGGAGGUCAAAUAUGAUGUUCUGGAAAAUGUCAACCCAGAUCUUUCCGACUCGGAAUUCAUCGAACGAGAUGAGCCUAUGGAUGCACCCACACCCGGUGUCGUUGGCUCGGAGGCAGGCGAUGCUCCUACGCCAGGACCAGACUUCGGGGGAGAUGAGGGGGAAGCCGAGGAAGCAGAAGAAGAUGAAGGUGAAGGUGACAUCGACGAAGACCUCGCCGCAGAACUAGAUCUUGCCCUCGGUGAUGAAGACGAGGAGGGUGAGGGUGACGACGAGGAGGAUGACGAGGAGGAUGAAAGUGAGGAAGAGGAUGAGGACGACGAUGACGAAGAAGCGCAGGAGAGGAAGUUAUUGAAUGAAGAAAUCAGGGACCUUGAAGCUGCCGUAUUGAAGAAGCAAACUGAAAUUGCCAGCUCUGCAAAUCCUCUGAUCAAGAAACGGUUUGAGGAUGCACUACGGAAAUUAUCAGCUGACCUUGAAAUGAAGGUUGCCCAGAGAGAUGAGAUGAAAGAAAGACAACAGCGGAAGAGGGAGGGUAUUGCGCCAGAAGAUCCAGACACAGACCCAGAGGGAGCUACUCAGGAAGAAGUAGAUCAAACAAUGGGAGAUCUAUUUGGGUCCGACGACCACGCCGCAAUGGACAUUGGUUGA